UGAAAGUGACUCUUGGAAAAGUCUCCCACUAGGCGCUCGAGCACCAUACCGGACUAGUACUCUCCAUCUUAAUUUCAACAUGGCUGCUCCAAAGGUUAUAGUCUUUGGACCAUCUGGAGCAGUUGGGUCGGCUACCGCACGGGCUGCCCACGAACUUGGAGCGAAGGUGGUACUGGCAAUGCGGGACACCAAAAAGCCUAUUCCAGGCCUCGAUGAGGUCAAGGUGAAAGACGGCAGUUUUGAGAGAGUUCAAGCCGAUCUACACAGCCCCGACACUGUCCGCGAUGCUGUAUCUAGCACUCAAGCAACCCGUGCUUUUAUUUACAUCGCCCACGGCUCAUCCGACAACAUGAAGUCUACCAUUCUGGCGCUCAAGUCUGCCGGUAUCGACCUGGUGGUAUUGCUCAGCAGCUUCACUAUCCAAGGCGAGCCAGAGGACGUGAAACCUAGUGAGGUUAUACCCUACAUACACGCUCAAGUCGAGAUCACUUUGAAAGAAGUAUUUGGCCCAGGCGGAUACAUCGCGGCUAGACCAGGUUCAUUUGCCAGCAACACAAUUCAGUACAAGGCAGGAUUCGAGAGUGGGUUGGUCAAGAUUUUCGCACCAGAUGCUACAGUUGAUGGUAUUGCUCCAGAGGACAUUGGGAGAGCCUGUGGCACGGUUCUUGUGAAAGGACCGCUGGACGAAAACACGGCCAUGUAUCUGUACGGGCCACAAUUGAUUUCCCAAGCAGACUGCGUCAAGACACUCGCAAAAGUAUUGGGCAAGAGUCCGACCAUUGAAACGAUGGAAAGAGAGGAAGCAUACAAGAAAUUUACAGAGGAGCGUCGUUGGCCUGCUCCUCUCGUGGAAUACGCGAUCAAGCAAUCGGAGGCUAUAGACCCUGCACGCAGUCUGGUUUUUGGCUAUCCAGUUGGCGCUGAGCAGCUGUCGAGUGUCGAGAAAUACACUGGUCAGAAAGCAAUGACGUUUGAGGAAUGGGCAGAACAGCACAAGCAGAUGUUUAUCUCCUGAUAGCUGUAGAAAAUGUUGGGAGGGAACUCCACCCUUAGGGUCUGUCAUGUGCUGAAAUAACGAUUUGAUUUUCUUCUAACGCAAUGCCUACGUGCAAGCCCUUAAAUAAUAGGUACCUACCCAUUAGUGGGGUUUUCAGCACAGUUGAUGUUUUUG